GCUGCGGUGAAUCGAUACAUCGAUAUAUUUAGGUUGGCAUGCUAGCGAAACAAAGCUGGCAAAUCAAUUUCCAUUUUUCAAUUGCAAUUUUUAAUCAAGAAAUAAUGUGCACCGGCGGAUCGCCCAGCAGCAAUGGAUCACAAGCUGAAGAGAGCAGUGAAAAUGAUAACCAACAACAACAACUAGCGACGGAGCAACAACCAGAACAGACACAACGCACUGCUAUUGGAUCAUGCACACCCGAAGAAGUUCUCGCCGAUUAUGGUGAAAAUAUUAAGUUACUUACUUUAAAUUCUCAAGUUGCAGAGCUGCUAACCAUCAUACGCGACAAAAAUACCUCUCGAAGCGACUUCAAAUUUUAUGCAGACCGGUUAAUAAGGCUAGUUAUCGAGGAAUCUCUCAAUCAGUUGCCAUACACGGAUUGCGACGUCGAAACUCCAACGGGAGCCAUUUAUGAGGGUCUCAAAUAUCGUUCGGGCAACUGUGGUGUUUCCAUCAUACGCUCCGGCGAGGCCAUGGAGCAAGGACUACGCGAUUGCUGUCGUUCGAUACGAAUUGGAAAGAUCUUAGUCGAAUCGGAUGCCAACACGCAUGAGGCACGCGUGGUCUAUGCACGCUUUCCGGAUGAUAUUGGCAGCCGCCAGGUGCUACUCAUGUAUCCAAUCAUGUCUACGGGCAACACUGUUUUGAAGGCUGUAAACGUACUGCGUGAGCACGGCGUACCAGAGAAAUGCAUCAUAUUGUCGAAUCUGUUCUGUACGCCAGCUGCCGCUCGUACCGUGGUUACUGCGUUUCCCAAAAUGAAGAUUCUCACUUCUGAGCUGCAUCCGGUGGCGCCCAAUCACUUUGGCCAGAAAUACUUUGAUAACUUUUAAUUUGGAGGAGGAGAAGGAUGCGGAGCUCAACUACUAUUGAAAUUAUUAGCCCCA